GUCAACAUUCUCCGUCCGAAUACACAAAAACUUCGACAAUUUUCCCAACAAAAAUUAAACAUAAAAUAGUAAAAAAAAAAAACAGAUCAAAGCCAGCUCAGCAAGUGUAACAAAGAUUUAAAUUCGAUCUGGUGGCCCCAGUCAAAAUCAGUGAAUUUCCCAUUGGACCCUGCUCAAGUCUUAUUUCGUGUGUAAACAAGAACCAUGCCAAUGGCAAAUGGUGCACUGACAGCGACUCCCUCCGUGGAGAAGUUGAACGCCAAGGAGGAAGUCGACGGCAAUGCACUAAAAGUUGAGGCCGUUGGUUCUACUUUACGCAAGGCCACCAGGAUUCCUGUGCCCAUUGGCAGAGCCAGCCUCAGUUAUGUAAAUCCACGCAAGUACACGAGCACCUUGAAGCAGUCCCGCCAUACCUUAAAGAAGAAAGACUCGGCUGGAAACUGUAGCAAAGACAGCAUUAGCCUCAGCCCCGGGCAACCAAACGACGAUUCCGGCAUUGGAAUGGACAACUCGAUGGCAGGCAGUGUGUCCCCGGUGGGUAGCUGCUGCAGUGAUCUGACUGAGAUUGGCAAAGCCGAGCAGGAAUCUCUGAGAGCUCUCCAGCAAGCUGUGGCUGAGAUGGAGGCAGAUCUGAACACCAUCGAAAGUGAUGGGGAGACAAUCAACGAUAGUGAUUGUGAUACCAUUACUGCAGAGAAUGUCGAUCUGUGCAGGGACACCCCCGAGAAGGAGGUGCACAACGCUGUCAUCGAGAAGGUGCAAAAACUGCUGCCAGAGGAACUGGCACCGCUGCAGGAGCUGCUCGUGUCACCCGUGGAGCAAAUGGUGCAGGUAAAUCUAAAGGAACUCCUGGAAGAUAAUCCUCAACGGCCCCAAGAAAUGUUACAGACUCUUAAAGUAUUCAAAUCGGAAAAUGAUCCAGAACUAGUGGAGGAAUGUCUGCAGAACCUUAUCAAUGGUGCAGUCCACGAGGAAGAGGUGCAAGCUGUAAAGCUAAAGCUGCACGACCAGCUCCAACAACUGACCAGGGCACCACUUGGUGCAGCCAAACAGCUCCAAAUCGAAACGCUGCCAGGCAUAGAAACCAAGGAGCAACAAUUUGUGCGGGAGCACUACGAAAAAAUUGAACGUCUUUUACACUCUUCUUCGCCCAUGAUGGCAAUGAAAGCGGAGACCAUGGAACAGCAAGGGCAUCCGCAGUCCACGUCUCAGAAAUUGAAUGAAAUUGAGGAGGACAUCGUAGCACCAGUCGAAGAGAUGUUACAGAAGACGCAGCAAGACGAUGCUCUUCUACCUUUUAUGUACGAAACAGAUGAAAAUAAUGAUCAAGAGGGGAUGUCUCAGCCACUUGAAGACAUAAUGCCACAGAAGCAACAGGACGUGCCUCUAGAAGAGAAAGCUGCGGAAGGGACACCAUCGAUGGCAGAGGAAAUCGUGGAUUUCCAAGAUCAGAUGGAGGCAGCGGAAUCCGAUUCAAGUGCAGCGCUAACCACAGCAGAAGCGAUCAUGGACUUGCAGGAGCAGCUUCUCGACAACACCAGUGGAGACGAUGUAGAGACUAACCAAUCCGAUUUAGAACUAGAAGAAGAUAUUCUGGAGCAGGACCAGAUUCCAGACCUCCUCUCUUGUUUCGUCGUGCAGCUGCCAGAAGAGGAUCCACUGGUAGAGCUGGAACAGGAGCAGCACCAAGGGCAACCACAAACCAAUUUGAAUGCAGUGGAAAUCAUCCUCGAGCAGCAAGAGGGCGACCUCUCGAAGGCAAUAGUGGGAUUGCAAGAAAAGCCACAACCGACUUCAUCGUGGCUGCUGGAAGAGUACAUUCAGACGCUGGAUAAUGACAAAAGUGGCGAGAAAAUCAAAAAGCUAGUGGAAGAAAUCAUUCAGCUGGAAAACGAGCAGUCAGAGGAGAGGCCGCCAACCACAACUCAGCCAGAGCAGAUGUCAUUGGAGGUGGAAUCUGUUGCAUCUCCUCGCCGCCUUGGCCCCUUGCUGGGGAUUUCUGGUCUACGAGCUUUGGAAGGAUACCUGGAUAAUGGUAUUCUGCUACAGCUGAUGCAACAGGAUGUGGCCCCAACCGACGAAGUUCCGAUUGAGCAGGAGGAGCUGGAGGAGCAGGAUCUCGUGGAUGAGGAGACGAACCAGGAGAAGAAGAAUAAAAGUCGCUUUCGUGAGCUCCUGAAUCUGCUCCGUGCUUACAAGAUGCCAAUGGAGUUUAUCCCAUUUGCGCUGGUCGGCACAGCCUUAUGUUUGUUGAUUUUUUUUCGCAAAUUUUAGCCCACAAUAGCCAACCAACAAACAAACAAAAAAUAUAAUAAUAAAUCUUCAUAGACAACAUUCCCAGAUCAA